AUGAAAAUAUUUUCCUUCCUUUUUUUUCUUUAUUCCAAUUUUCUCUCGUUCUACCAUCUUUCUUUUUUCUUUCCUUCUUUCUUCCUUUUUUCUUUCCUUCUUUCUUUUUUCCUUUCUUUCUUUCUUAUCCAAUUCCAGAUUUUAUUAUUUUUGUUUGUUUCUUUUUUCUCAAUUCCAUAUUUCUUUAAUAUUUUCUCUCUUUCUCAAUUUCAUAUUCUUUCUUUCUUUCUUUCUUUCUUUCUUUCUUUCACAAGUCCCUACUUUUUUGUUACUUAUCUUCUUUUUUCUAUUUGUUUUUUCUAUUUCAAUUCCCUAUGUCUUUCUUUCUUAAUUCCCAAAUUUUUCUUUUCAUCUUUUUCUCUUUUUCUUUUUCAAUUUCAUAUUUCUUUCUUUCCUUCCUUCUUUCUUAAGACAAAAUUUCUUUCUUUUUCUUUCUUUCUCAAUUACACACACACAGAUUUUUCCUUUCUUUCUUCCUUUCUUUCUUCCUUUCUUUCUUCCUUUCUUUCUUUCUUAAUUCUUUAUUCCUUUCUUUCCUUCUUUCUUUCUUUCUUUCUUUCUUUCUUUCUUUCUUUCUUUCUGUCCCCCUUCUAUAUUUCUUUCUUUCUUUUUAUAAUUCUUUUUUCGAGACUCACCCAGAAUCUUUCAUUCUCUUUAUUUCUCAUUCUCUCGCAAUUUUCUUUUUGUUCAAGAUUAAACAAAGCAAAAAUAAAAGUUCAAACCGCCAUCUUUCCCUUCCAGUCGCCAUUUUAG